UUAAUCAUCUCUCUCUCUCUCCACAGUUCCCAAAAGAAUUCAAAACUUGUCGUGGCUUGAUCGUAUAUAACUCUCUCUCCAUAAAGUUGAUGCCAUCCGCUCUUUCUUUUCAAAGAGGGAAAAACAGAAAAUGGAUGCCGAAGAACAAGCAGCUGGUCUUGAAUCUCCCUUGCUUCCAGCUCCUCAAGAACAUGAAUCACAAACAACAAAGGGAAAACUAACCAAAGAUGAGAUUAUCAAGGAGGUGAAGAAGCAGCUGUCUUUAGCAGGGCCACUUGUGUCAUCAAAUUUCUUGCUCUUUGGUAUGCAGGUGAUUUCAGUUAUGUAUGUUGGCCAUCUUGGAGAGCUGGCACUUGCAGGGGCUUCCAUGGCCACUUCAUUUGCUACAGUGACUGGUUUGAGCUUGAUUAUAGGAAUGAGCUUUGCAUUAGACACCUUCUGUGGCCAGUCCUAUGGAGCAAAACAGUAUCAUAUGCUUGGCAUACACUUACAGAGAGCAAUGCUUGUUCUUCUGCUGGUCUGCAUUCCUCUUUCAAUUAUAUGGUUCAAUGCUGGUCAUAUUCUUGAGUUCUUGGGUCAAGAUCCAGAAAUAGCAGCUGCUGCUGGAAGUUACGCUCGUUUCCUGAUACCAUGCCUCUUCGCUUAUGCAGUCAACCAAUGCCACUCCAAAUUUUUGCAAAGUCAAAACAAUGUGGUUCCCAUGAUUGUUAGCACAGGCAUUGCAACACUGUUGCACUUGAUUGUCUGCGGGGUUUUGGUAUACAAGACUAGCCUUGGAUAUACAGGUGCUGCAGUGGCAAACUCCAUCUCGUAUUGGAUCUCCGCGUUGACAUUGGUUUUUUAUGUCAGAGUCUCUCCCUCCUGCAAGCACACAUGGACUGGGUUCUCAAAGGAUGCGUUCCAUGGAAUUCUCAAUUUUGUCAAACUCUCUGUUCCUUCAGCUGUAAUGAUCAGCUUAGAAAUCUGGUCAUUCGAAAUGAUGGUCCUCCUAUCUGGUUUUCUUCCUAAUCCAAAGCUUGAAACCUCAGUCCUGUCAAUCAGCCUUAACACAUGCUCAAUGGUUUUCAUGAUUCCCAUGGCAUUCAGUGGUGCAGCAAGCACAAGGGUCUCCAAUCAAUUGGGUGCUGGGAAACCGCGACUCGCAGUUCUAGCAGUACGUGUUGCACUCUGCAUUGUGAUUCUUGAAGGCAUUUUGAUUGGCACUGUCCUCAUUUUGGGUCGAAAAGUUUGGGGCUACUGUUACAGCAAAGAAAUAGAAGUUGUGAAUUAUGUUGGAGAAAUGUUGAUUUUGGUUGCAAUAUCCCACUUUUUUGAUGGACUUCAGUCUGUGCUUUCAGGUGUCAUAAGAGGAAGUGGACAACAAAAGAUUGGGGCAUAUGUUAAUCUGGGAGCUUACUAUCUUCUUGGCAUCCCAACUGCAGUUGUAUUAGCUUUUGUCCUGCACCUUGGAGGGAAGGGUCUUUGGACCGGAAUUACUGUCGCUCUAUUUUCCCAGACACUAUUUCUUGCAAUCAUAAUCACACGCACAGAUUGGGAGAAAGAAGUGAAGAAAGCAUCUGAUAGAGUGUACGACACAAAGACCGCGGCCAAUGUGUCGUAGCAAAACAGGUGCAGAAGUGAUGAUCAUAUUAAGUUGUUAGGUUGGCAUCUUCAAGUUGGUUGUUAGGACCCUAUCACUAGUUUAUAACCUAUCUAUUUCCAUUAAGAAUAAAGGCUAGCAGUGUUCCUUUAGUUGUCAUCUAGCUGGCCUGUGUCCAUCCGGCAUUUGAUAGUCUGUAUAUAUCCUUCUCGUUGUUUCUGAGAAAGGCAUGAAAUGAAAAAGUUGUUUUCUUCUGUUA